GUUGAUCCUGGGUCGUGUUUCCACAACACCUCCACUACAACAACCCAGAAGCACAUCCCGUUGCCCGCUUGGCUCUUCCUGUAGCCUCAGCUGUCGUGCUGUAUACACUUCUCGGACUUCUUCCAGGAUGCCCUUUCGCACCCGCGACGAGCAAUUGGCCGCCAGUGAGGAGUGCCACUCCCUUCACCAGCCCGGAUCAGUUCUCUUUGCCCAACCCGCCGAGGUGGACAACUGGUGCCACUCUAUCUACCCGGACUCUGCAUACCCUUUGACUCCACCGGACACUGCCUCGGAUUGUGCCCCUUCGGACUGCCCGGACAUGUACGACCCAUCAUGGACCCAGGCCUCGCUGCCCGAGGACUCCUGGACAAUGCCAUCCGCAUCGGACUACAGCGCGCUCCUCGCGUCGAACCGACAAUGGACCACCGGAAGUGUUGUGUCCAGCAGUCGCCAGGACGUCCAUGACCUGUCCACUUUGGAUGAUUCCUGGGUGCACGCUUCCCAAGGAUCUGUAGACACAGGUUUGUCGCCUGUUCUGAGCCAUGAGAGCCAGACGGCGCACAACCUACACCCCAUUCCAGGGUCGGAUUUUUCCAUGUUGCCGCCCGGCUUGGAUCUGUCCUUUAUCGGUGAACCCACCGCGUGGAAUGCAGCGGCGCCGGUGGUCGAUGCCACUGUGCCCCAGGAAGUGUCGGCCACUAUGCUUUCCUCCCCCAUGUCCAUGCCGGCCGGUCCCCCAUCACAGAGUAGUGUGUGCCACCCUCUGCCCAUGUCGGAACCUGUCAUGUACGGCCCGCAUCAGCCGAUGUUUGCUUUCCCGGAGUAUCCCAUCCAGUACCAACGGCCUGCUUCGGACCUAUCUGCUGCCUCUCCCCGGCGUUUACUGCCGCGCAUGGAUGUUCCCGCCCUGCCGGCUCACUAUGCCAGUGGUUACGAUUACUCGCUGCAGCCACAAUUGCCUGUGUUUGCUGCAGAGGGCGUUGCGAGAGUAAGUAGCCAGAACUUCUCCCAGGAUUCCAAUGUAGCUGGAACAACCCAUGGCCACGGUCUGAUGACACCUCCUCCGCGCCCGGAGCAGUCCUCCCCCGGAUUGAUUCCGGCCCCGUCCUCCACGUCCGACCCCGGAUGUGAUGAGUUCAGCAGCUUUGUCCGGUACGAUCAGGAGGAAAGCGCACCUCCGGUGCAGAUGAGCUCCGCGCCUGAUGCUGCAUCCGCGCCUGCCCCAUCGUCUGGCCAUCGCCAGGAGAUGACUCCUGCGUUGUCGAGAUCUGACUCGGUGGGAUCCAAAGCCACCUCUACUGCGAGCGUGAGCGGAGAGACCGAUGAAGGUCGUCACCGGAACCACCCAUUGUAUUCGAAAGGGCCCGAGGCCGAUGGAUUGUACCACUGCCCAUUCACCAGCGAUCCCAGCUGCCAGCACAAGCCCACGAAGCUCAAGUGCAACUACGACAAAUUCAUCGACUCCCAUCUGAAGCCCUUCCGUUGCAAGGUAGAGUCCUGCUCCAAGCAAGAGUUCUCGUCUACGGCAUGCCUGUUGAGGCACGAAAGAGAGGCUCAUGGCAUGCACGGCCACGGCGAGCGCCCACACCUGUGCUUCUACCCGGGCUGUGAACGCGGCAUCCCUGGCCAUGGCUUUCCGAGGAGGUAUAAUCUCUUCGAUCACAUGAAGCGAGUCCAUGACCACAAGGAAGAACCACAGCAUGACCGUGCUGCCGCGGACAAUGGUGCCCGUAAGCCAGCCAGCCGCAAGAGAAAGGCCGUUGCCACCAGUGAUGAGCCCGCCGCUCGACGACUGAAGACUCAGCCCGUGCCCUCCCAGGCCCUUGCUGUCCCACAAGAGUACUCCGUCCCGGUUGCUCUCUAUCCCGAGCAGGCAUACCGUCCAGUUCCAGGAGCCCAGCGCAACGUGUACAGCCAGUGGGACCACCCCAACAAACUCGUUGCCUUCCAGAUGGACUCGAUGUCUACUCUGGGAGCGAAUGUGACAUCGCAACAGGCCAGGCACGGCUGAACAUUUACAACGUGCUGCUUACGAGCAGCUUUACUUUUUUUUAUUGAAAAUAUCCCGAGUUGGAUACUGAUAUUCCUACUGCCGCUCCAUGAGAUGCACAUGUUGGACACUGCAUAAGUCAGGAUGCGUAGUCAUCACCGCUGCUGGCUUCCACCGUACAGCGGACCAGCAGAGCACUUUUCUCCCGAAGAAUGCUGCGACGCGACUGUAGAUACGGUCCCGUGGCCUGGUCCAGACGGGUGUGACAGUCUUGCCACUGUCACAUGUGUAAAGUGGGAGAGUCUCUACAGUAUAGAGGGGAAUGGGGGAAAGAGGCAUAUGCAGAGCAUGGCCCUGGUGAGGUGGUAUUAGAAGCUAGAAUGGCACAAUAGACGUCCUGUCUCCCGUGUGGAGAGGAAGAGAAAAUACAAAGAAAGUGAAACCCAA